AUGUUAGUUAAUAAUUCAUUUAAAAUAUUUCAAACUUUUUUAAUAAACAUAUUUUAUUUAUCUACAAUUGUCUCAGCAUCUAUAUUUGAUCAGACUAACAAGAAUCGUUGUGUUCCGAUAACAUUACCAAUAUGUAAAGAUAUUCCAUAUAAUUAUACAUUUAUACCAAAUCCCAUAUUCCCACAUAAUCCAGCUACCCUUCACCUACAAACAGAUCAUUUUAAACCCCUCAUCAGAACACAAUGUAAUCCUCAUAUAAAAUUUUUCAUAUGUUCUGUCUUUGCUCCAAUGUGCCCAGAAUCGCUACCACAAGCUGUUACAUCGUGUAAAUCAGUUUGCCAGGAGGUUAAAAAAGAUUGUAUUAAAAUUUUUACCGAAUUUGAUAUUCAAUGGCCAGAGUCUUUAGAUUGUGAUAAAUUUCCAGAGGAACCAUCUUUAUGUAUGAAACCUAAUCCUAUUCAAAUGGAUAAUACCUAUUAUAAUCAUCAUUUUCAACAAAAAUAUGGUUCUAAUAAUAAUUUAGAAACUAUAUUUACAAAUAGACUAGCACCAAGUUGCCCAGCUGAUUUAGUUAAUCUAGAUCCAGGAGAUAGAAAUGCUUCAUGUGCCUUUAAAUGUAAUACUGAUAUUAUGUUUAGUAAAGGACAAAAAAAUGAAGCAGAUUAUUGGUUAUUUAUUAUUUCUAUUAUUAAUAUUACUAUAACUACUUUUACAGUUUUAACAUUUUUAAUUGAUAAAAAAAGAUUUAGAUUUCCGGAAAGAUCAAUCUUUUACAUUGCUGCAUGUUACAUAUUUUACUGUCUACCGUAUCUUCUCAAAUAUGUCUAUUCCUAUGAAAAUGUUGGUUGUAUUUUUACGAAUGGUGGACAAAUUUACCUCAUUGAAUCUGGUGUUGAUAAUCGUUUAUGUACAAUAUCUUUUAUAUUUUCAUACUACUUUUCUAUAGCUGGAUCUUUGUGGUGGCUUACAUUAACUUUAACAUGGUACCUUUCUGCUGGAAAAAAAUGGGUACCUGAGGGUAUAGAAUCAUUUAACAAUUAUUUUCAUCUUUUUACCUGGGGUGUUGCAUCAAUUUUGACGAUGGCAGUUUUGAUAACAAAUAAGAUUGAUGCAUCUGAGUUAACUGGAAUUUGUAGUGUUGGAAAUUUAAAUCCUUUUUCUUUAUUAGCAUUUGUAAUAUUACCAAAAUCAUUUAUAUUAACUGGAAGUGGAUUAAUUGCGUUAGGAUUUAGUAGUCUUUGUAGAGAGAGAGAUUCAUUUAGACAAAGGGGAACUGAUACAACAAAAUUAGAUAAAUUACUAAUAAAAAUGGGUCUUUAUUCACUUUUGUAUAUUGGUCCAAUGUUAGUAACAUUAGCAUGUGAUUUUUAUCAUUAUUUAGUUCUCCAAGAAUGGUAUCCUGCCACAAUAGCAUGUAAAAUGUAUGGUGGUGCUGAUAGAGGUGGUUGUAGAAGGCCUACCAAACCACAAUAUGAAAUUUAUAUUCUUGGAAUUGGAAUGCAAAUGCUUAUAGGUAUCUCAACAUCAAUAUGGAUCAUGAGUUUAAAAACAAUUACAGCAUGGAAAAAUUUUAUUUGUUGUAGGAAAGAAGAUAAAUUUAAAAAAAUUCAAGAACCACAAAAAGUUUUACUUCAUAAAGUUCCAAGUGGUGCUUUGUAUCAUCCACUCAUUCCUAGUGGUAAUCCACCUCCACCACCUCCAACUCAAGCAACAUCUAGUACAAUACAAUAUAUUCCUUGUGGAAUAAAUAAUUCUGGAAUACCAACAAAUUGGAACACAGGAAAAUUAUUAUGA